CAUACAAAUUAUGGAGAGUAGUAUUGAAAAGAAAGGUGAUUAUUAUUGUUAUUGUACCUCUCUGUUGAGUUUACCUGAAUCCAUUUUGGAUUGCAUUCUCAAGCGCCUUUCACCAAAAGAACUCAUUACAAUAUCUCAAGUGUGUACCAAUUUAAGGGUUAGAUGUAGAAGUGAUCAUUUGUGGGAAAACCAUAUAAAGAAGAAAUGGGGUAAAGUCUUUGGUGAUGUUGCUUACAAAGAGUGGCAGUGGCAUGUAACAAAAUCAAAGGAGGAAAAAGGAAACACCUUCUAUCAAAUGAUUAUCAAUGGUGAAAAUGAUGGGUCACUAGGGACUUUUAGUGGUUCUUGGCCUAUGCUAUGCCUUGGUUCAUAUUUAAUUGAUUCCAAGAAUAUUCUUAGUGGUCAAUUAUUAUUGUCAAAUAGCCUUAUGAUGAUGAUGGCUUUGUAUAUCUCUCUGGAAAAUGGCAAGUUUUGGUUCCCAGCACAAGUCUAUAGGGAAUUAUUAGUCAGUAAUGCCUUAGUCAGCUAUGAUUCCAAAACUAAUACCUUUCAAGCAAGGCAACAAAUGGGUGGUUGGAGGAUUAUAGGGAACAGCAUUAGGUGGGAUAAGGUGAGAGCUCCACCAAAUGAAACCUCUCAAUGCAAUAUUCCUCAUCAAUUAUCAGAUUCUUUACAUCACCUAAGGCCCGGUGACCAUAUUGAGAUUCAAUGGAAAGCAAGUACUGAAGUUCCUUACGAUUGGUGGUAUGCUGUAAUCGGUCACUUGAACUCAUGUAAGGAGGAUGAGAAUUGCUGUGGUUGUCAACACUCCGAGACGUUGAUGGUGGAGUUCAAGCAAUACCAUGUUGAGUCAGGGAUGAGAAAAGCAAGGCUACAAAGAAAUAAGAAUGGUCAACAAUGUGAAAAUCAGUGUGGAAUUUAUGGAGGAAUCAGAAAGCUUCAGAGUGAGGAGGAGAUUCAUAAAUGGAAGCAGCUCUUCCCACCUCAUCAUAAUCAAACUCCUGUUCCUGUAUAUCUCCCUUUAAAUCUUAGAAUGCACAAUUAAUGCAUCAUUUGCAUAAAAGUUUAAUUUUCAAACUUAUUAUCUUUAAAAAACAGGAGAGAA